UUCUUGCUCCCUCCACCUAGCUUCAACCCCCCGACGUGAGAUCAGGCUGCGAGCAGCAGCCAUGGCGGAGCUUGGUGGCAUGCUUGCCGCUGCCAUCCUCAAGGUGGUGGGUGAGCAGAUUGGUUCUGUGAUUGGUGGUCAGAUCGCCCUGAAGAUGAACUUCGAUGAGGACCUGAACAAGACGAAGAUGGAGCUGGAGGGUGUCGAUGCCCUGCUUGAGGACGCCCGGAGGCGGUCGAUCACGGAUAGAUCGACACGUCUAUGGCUGAAGCGGCUCAAGGACUUCAUGUAUGAGAUCUCCGAUAUGAUUGAUGAAUUCGAAGCCGACACGCAAGCAAUCAUACAGCCGUCUGCGCGAAAGUCCUCCUUCAAAAAUUAUUUGGCAACUAUGAUCUCUUGUCUCACAAUUGGCCCUGAGAUUACAAUGGCCAAUAAGAUGGAUAAGAUGAGGCAGGGUCUAGAAGUAAUAACAGAUCAGCACAGGAAAUUCGAAUUAAUGGAAGGUACUAAUGCCAGUGAGCCAAAGGUUACGGAUAUACGGGAAACAUCGUCAACCUUGGAGACACAUGUAAUUGGGAGAACCGGGGAGAAAGAGAAAAUAUUGGCAUCGUUAUCCAAGAGCAUGAAAAAAGAGAUCACAAUCCUUCCCAUUUAUGGCAUUGGAGGCCUUGGAAAAACAACCUUGGCAAAAAUGGUUUACAAUAGUUCCCAAUUUAGAGAAUACUCCCAAGUGUGGGUUUAUGUGUCCCAGACAUUUGAUUUGAAGAAAAUUGGCAAUUCUAUAAUAUCACAACUAUCACAGAAAGAGAAUGAGAGUGGGUACACUGGAAAGGAGAUGAUCCAUAAUUCCCUUCAAAAGCUCAUUGCCAAUAAGAAUAUACUGAUUGUUUUAGAUGACCUAUGGGAAGAUAACAAUUCUCAUUUGGAAGAGUUGAUGGGUUUGUUAAAGGUUGAAGAGAGUGGCAAGGUGGUUGUUAUAGUUACCACACGCUAUGAGGGCAUUGCAAAGAAAAUUUGUACAAUUCAACCUCACAAAUUAGUACCACUAACAGAUGACCAGUGUUGGAAUAUCAUAAAGCAAAAGAGUGACUUUGAAUUGAGAGACGACAAAGAAGAGUUGCAUCACAUAGGCCAGGACAUCGCAAGUAAGUGCCGAGGCGUGGCUUUAGCAGCGCAAUCGCUUGGACACAUGUUGCAUUCUCUCUCCUUUGAUGAACGGGAGUCGGUGAGAAACAGUGAUUUCUGGAAUUUAUCUGAUUCAGAAGAUACAAGCUUGACACAUGCGCUUGCAUCAUUGAAGUUAAGCUAUAGUGUUAUGCCUUCGUAUUUGAAGAUAUGUUUUGCCUAUUGUGCGAUUUUCCCAAAAGGUUACAAGAUAGUUAAAGAUGACCUGAUCCAUCAGUGGAUUUCUCUGGGUUUCAUCAAGGCAACAAACAAUUUAUCCACUUGGAAGCUUGGUGAGAAAUGCAUUAGGCAACUUUUGGGCCUGUCCUUCCUUGAACAUUCAAAGUCAGCACUGGUGAGUUAUGCAUUUGUCUUACUAUUUGUAACUACAGGAAUGGAUUAUGAAAAUGAUAGAUUGUUCACCAUGCACGAUUUGGUGCAUGAUCUAGCAAGAUUGGUCAUGGUCGAUGAAGUACAUGUUGCUAGCAAACAAGGCAACACAGGGGGAGGUUGCUGCCACUUUGCAUUGCUAAAUGAUUGUUCCAAGCCAUUGGAGUCAUCCAAGAUAAGGGCACUUCGUUUUAUGGAGUGUGACAAAAGUGAACUUCAUGACGCUGCCUUUUCAUCUGCUAAGUCCAUGCGUGUCUUGGACUUAAGCGAGUGCUCCAUGCAUAAAUUUCCAGAUUCUAUUCACGUGUUGAAGCAGUUGAGAUAUCUUAGUGCUCCAAGAAUCCAUGAUGCAGAGAUUCCGGAUAGUAUCACCAAGCUUUCAAAAUUAAUUUAUCUGAACCUUCAUGGAUCUCCUAAAAUCUUAGCACUACCAGAGUCAAUUGGAGAAAUUGAGGGUCUAAUGUAUCUUGAUUUGGCGGGUUGUUCAAGAAUUGAAGAACUGCCUGAAUCUUUUAGCAGGCUAAAAGAAUUGGUGCAUCUAGAUUUAUCAAAUUGCUAUGGUGUUCGAGGUAUAUCGGUGUUCCUGGGGAGCCUCACACAACUGCAGUAUUUGAACUUAUCAUACUGCCCAAAUAUCGGAGAGAUACCUGAAGAUCUAAGUGGUCUAUCCAAAUUGCACUCCCUGAAGCUUUGGGCAGAUUCAUUCAACUCAAGUACUUAA